AUGCAGAUGUAUCUCCCAUUCUGUGGGAUUGCCAUAUCCAAUGCCCAGCUAUUUGCAGCUUCAAGGAAGGAAUAUGACAGAAGCAGGGCUUUACUGGAAGUAGUGAAUGACCUUUUUGAGGAACAGACUGACUUAGAGAAAAUUGUCAAGAAAAUUAUGCAUCGGGCCCAGACUCUGCUGAAGUGUGAACGGUGCUCGGUAUUACUUCUGGAAGAUAUCGAAUCACCAGUGGUGAAAUUUACAAAAUCCUUUGAGUUGUUAUCUCCAAAAUGCAGUGCUGAUACUGAUAACAGUUUCAAAGACAGUGUGGAGAAAUCAUCAUCUUAUUCUGACUGGCUAAUAAAUAAUAGCAUUGCUGAACUCGUAGCUUCCACGGGUCUCCCAGUGAACAUCAGUGAUGCCUAUCAGGAUCCGCGCUUUGAUGCUGAAGCUGACCAGAUUUCUGGCUUUCACAUAAGGUCUGUUCUCUGUGUACCUAUAUGGAAUAGCAACCACCAAAUAAUCGGGGUAGCUCAAGUGUUGAACAGGCUUGAUGGGAAACCCUUUGAUGAUGCUGACCAGCGACUGUUUGAAGCUUUUGUUAUUUUUUGUGGCCUGGGUAUCAACAACACAAUUAUGUAUGACCAAGUGAAGAAAUCUUGGGCAAAACAGUCUGUGGCUCUUGAC